AUGGCUUCACCAUUUGUUGCAUUGUUCCUGUCUCUUCUUCUUCUUCAACUGCUGCUGCUGCUUCCAUUGUUUGUUCUUGGCCUUCGUCUUCCAGCAGUUCGCUACCCCACCAUCGUCCUCGGUGAUUCUCUCGUCGACGUUGGGAACAACAACUAUCUCUUCACCAUCUCCAAAGCUAACUCACCUCCUUACGGCAUUGAUUUCGCGCCUUCUGGCGGCCAACCUACAGGAAGAUUCACUAAUGGCAGAACCACAAGUGAUCUCGUAGUUCAAGCUUUGGGGAAGAAUUCUUUCCCUCCACCCUAUUUAGCCGGCAACAACUGUAGCAAUGCUGUUCAGAAUGGCAUCAACUAUGCUUCAGGUGCUUCUGGGAUAUUGGACGAGACAGGAUCUUUGUUUGUUGAGAGAAUACCAUUGAGCAUGCAGGUGAAAUAUUUUGAAGAAACCAGAGAUUACAUGGAGAGAACUCUGGGAAAGAAUGCUACUGAGUUCCUAAAGACCGCUGUCUUCCAAAUAAUAACAGGGUCUAAUGACAUCUUGAACUACUUCGAGCCAUCCGUAUAUUUCUUUGGAGAUAAGAAGCUCGCCCCAACAGCUCUUCAGGACAUAUUGGUCUCCAACUUAACUCUGCAUCUAAAGAGAUUGCAUGAGCUCGGGGCAAGAAAGUUUCUAGUCAUUGGGGUAGGACCUAUUGGAUGCAUACCGUAUCUUCGAGUAAUAAAGUUGGUGAAAAAAGGGGAAUGCUUAUCAGCUGCAAACACACUAAUCCAAGGUUACAACAUGAAGUUGAUCAGGGCAAUCAACAAGCUAAAUGAAGAUCUGGGUCCUGAAUCUGUUUUCGUAUAUGCGAAUAUCUACGACAUUUUCCAAGAUAUAAUUCAAGACUAUCACAAAUACGGAUUUGAAAAUCCAUAUGAUCCUUGUUGUGGCCUAAGCUUUCCUCCUCUCUGCCUCAGAGUCCGUGAUGGCAACUCCAGCACCAUCCUCUGCAAAGAUAGAAACAAGUAUGUGUUUUGGGAUGCAUAUCACCCAACUGAAGCCGCUAACAUUAUCAUUGCAAAGAAAUUAAUUGCUGGCGAUGCAAAUGCAACUUCCUUCAACCUACGAAGGUUGUAUAGUGGUUAA